UCUCCCUUGCUCCUUCCCUGUCUGACAUUGCGGGCCUGGUGGCCAAUCGGCUUCUCCAGAAGAUCAAAUGUCGCUAUAACAUGAGGACUUAAUCACCUUGGGAAGUUUGCAGAUCCUGCAGCCCAUUCGGCAGGGAACUCACCACUUCUCUCAGCUUCCCCCUCUCAGAAACCCACUGCCAACAUGUCUGACACCGAGGAAGUGGAUCAGGUAGAGGAGGAAUAUGAAGAAGAAGAAGUUCAUGAGGAAGUUCAUGAACCAGUGCAUGAGCCAGUUCAUGAGCCAGAGGAAAAGCCCAGGCCAAAACUGACUGCUCCUAAAAUACCAGAGGGUGAGAAAGUAGACUUUGAUGACAUCCAAAAGAAGAGGCAGAACAAAGACCUGAUUGAACUGCAAGCCUUGAUUGACAAUCACUUCGAGGGCAGGAAGAAGGAAGAAGAGGAACUGCUUGCCCUGAAGGAAAGAAUUGAGAAACGCAGAGCCGAAAGGGCAGAACAACAAAGAAUCCGGGCUGAGAAUGAGAAGGAGCGUCAGGUCAGGCUUGCGGAGGAGAAGGUAAGAAGAGAGGAAGAAGAUGCUAAGAGAAAAGCUGAGGAUGACCUGAAGAAAAAGAAGGCUCUGACCUCCAUGGGUGCCACAUACAGCAGCUAUUUGGCAAAGGCUGACCAGAAGAGAGGAAAGAAGCAGACUGCUAGGGAAAUGAAGAGGAAGAUCCUGGCAGAGAGGCGCAAAACACUAAACAUUGACCACCUGAAUGAAGACAAGCUGAGGGAUAAGGCCAAGGAACUGUGGGAUUGGUUAUACCAGCUGGAAACUGAGAAGUAUGAAUUUGGAGAGAAGAUGAAGAGUCAAAAAUAUGAGAUUGUAUCACUACGUAGCAGGGUGCAGGCGCUAUCCAAGUUCAGUAAGAAAGCAGGAGUCAAGGGCAAAGUUGGAGGGCGUUGGAAGUAAAGAAACAAGAGGUGACUGCAGGCAGGAUCAUCCCCGGUGGCGUGGCUAAACAUUGCUGGCCUCCCCCUAACCCCUUCACAAAUCAAUUUCACUCCCAUGCUUGAGCAAAACUACAACACCAGCCUGGAUUGCCUACUCCGUUUUUAAGGACUCCAGCAGUGUCCUGAACCAAAAGGAAGGAGGUUCCCGUGGAACAGAGAUGACUCCCUGCUGGCACCUUUUCUGCUUCAUGUGUCCUUUGUUUUCCUGACACCAGCCCUCUGCUCCCCGUAGAUUGCUAUGUAUGAAUCUCUGGAUUUUGUAAAUAAAGUGUGACCGAUA